UGACAUGGUAUCAAAUCACGAAUUCAUCUUAUGAAGCAGAUCAUACUUAAUUAACCCAUUCAAUAUCAGAAUGCCUCAUCCAGAUGCCGAUUUACACCCCGUCGCGACCGGUCUCGCGAAGCCGACGGUUGACGACCACGCAGCUGAGCAACAAUUGAAAUUAUUCGCAGGAUGGUUCUGCCCCUUUGUUCAACGGACAUGGAUUACUCUCGAGGAGAAAGGGAUACCCUACCAGUACAUCGAAGUAAAUCCCUAUAACAAGGGUCCAGAGCUCAUGCGCUCGAACCCGCGGGGUCUGGUGCCGACGCUAGAAGUAGCGCCCGGCAAGUCACUGUAUGAAAGCAAUGUGCUCUGCGAGUACCUAGAAGAUCACUACCCCGAUCACAAGCCGCGCCUACUCCCCUCAGACGACUACGAGCGUGCGCAUUCUCGCAUCUGGAUGGACUUCGUCACGAGCCGCAUAAUCCCGGCGUUCCACCGUCUGUUACAGUUCCAGCCGAAAUCGUACGAAGGUGACGGGGCCGCGCGGCUCGAUGAACUGCGCGCUGAACUUAGGAAGUUCCUGCUCGAGUACGCGGCCGAAAUGGCUGAUGCUAAAGAGGGCCCUUUCUUCGCUGGUCAUGACAUCGGAUUAGUUGAUAUUGUUCUGAUGCCGUUUGCCGUGCGGCUUUGGGUCUUCGACGAGUUCAAGGGAGGGCUGGGGAUUCCUGAAAAGGGGAAGGGUGGAGAGGACGAGGAGAACUGGGAGAGAUGGCGUGUCUGGAUUAAUGCUGUUGAGCAGCGCGAGAGUGUAAAGAAGACGACGAGCGAUAGGGAGCAUUAUCUGCCUAUUUACAAGCGGUAUGCUGAUGAUACUGCUCAGUCGGAAAUGGCUAAGGCAAGCAGGGCUGGACGGGGAGUACCUUGAGAGGGAAGAUGAAGCGAAGGAUAAUUACUAGGUAUCUAGGCCUGUUGCAUAGAAGACUGAAGCCUCUUAGUGGCUAAUAUGAUCACAGGCGUCAAGCUC